AUGGCAAGCCAAGGCGGGCGCUUAUCUUCAAGAUGGGGGUGGCUCCUCCUCAUGACAUCUUCGACGGCUUCGGCCCUUUCACUCGCCAAUGUCCAACCAAUCAUUCCGGCAACCGUUUCUCUUAGCUGUAUCCUCGCCUACUACGCCAUUAUUCCCGACUGUACGGUGGACGACUUCGUUCGGGGAGAUGCCUGCUCGGCAGCGUGUGUGGCGGGCCUGAAGAGGAUCCAGAACAACAUACGGGAGGCUUGCAGUGGCGCCGACAUCCCGUCCGACUCGGUGCUUGGGCAGGAGUUCGACGGCGGCACCCACCACCGUCACGGUCAGGCGCACCUCAACAAGCACGCCAGCGCUCAUUUUCACUACGGUUCGUUCCACGUCAACGAGCUCGACCACGUCAACGCAGACCGAGGAGUCAGACACACCCAUUUCCAGCAUCUCAUCAACCGCUACUUCUUCAACAACCAUUACAACAGCCGUCGAAUCUACUGCCCCAACGAGUGA